ACAAGCCAUUACAGGAGAGUAUAGAAAUGCUGUUGAUGAUAACGUAGAAAGCUGAAGUUGACAAAAUGACGGACUGCAUGUGUCGGGGGUGUUAUUCAGGCUCGGGGGCCUCACUGCAUUACAUCCCAAAGGACCCGGAGAUCCGACAGAAGUGGAUCGAUUUCAUUUACAAAAACCGCACGGCGCCGAAAUUAAAAAAUGUGGAUCGUAUAAGGAUCUGCAGCGCUCAUUUCACAGAGGACUGUUUUACUAAUUACCGGCAGAAAAUGAUGGGCUUCGGUAAAAGGCUCAUUCUUAAACCUAAUGCUGUCCCGACUGUAGCUGUACAGCUCAAGUUCCCAGCACCGAGCAGGACUCGACAGGAGAAAGUGGAAGAAACCACAUCUGAAACACGCCUGUGCCCCUUGUGUCAAAGAAGUCAAAAGGACAGCGAUGCUCUUUCUUUACACCUAACUAAAAAACACAGCGUGCAUCCAGCAUGUCUCAAUAACCUACUCAUCACUGCACCUUACGCAAACCGUGUUUGCAGUAGCAGAAUUGGAGAUUUCAGUCCACAAAAUAUCAACGGCACAUCGCAGCAGAAGUCCUCAGAAAACACAAGAUCUCCUUUAAUGGCAGUUCACCAAGAUGGUUCUUCCCAGGAAAAUGAUGCAUGUGAUGAAUCAGGAGUAGGAAACAGGGCAAGAAGCUUUGGGGACACAGAAGCCUUAGUCAAAGAUGAUAAAUCCAAUGAUAAAAGCAGUGGUGCUGCUGAUGGCAAUGCUAACCAUCUUUUCAAGUGUCACGCAUGUCGGGAAUUCUUUACUCAUAAGUCGGCAUUGAGUGUACAUUAUAAUUCAGCCACUCAUAUCCAAAAGAUAAGAACAGGAGUAGGGAAUGACUGUGAUUCCUCAACCCCUGUCCUUGCUUACCCUUAUGUCUCUACCAAACCGUACCAGUGUGAUGUGUGCCACGUCUCUUACUUUUAUGCCUUUGGCUUGGAGAGCCAUCUAAAGUCUGUAUUGCACCAGAGUCGUACCAGGAAGGCUGGAAUUACUGCAACUAAUUCCAAAAUCAAUACAGAAACCGGAGUUGUUGUGGCAAACCUGACAGGCACCACAGUGGCUAAUGCCACACAGUUAGCUAAUACUAAGAACUGUAAUUGUGGGACACAAGCAGAGAAGCUUCAAGUUCAGCCUGCUUCCUCAUUGCUUCCCACUCCAGUGGUGUCGGCUCAGGCAGUGCCUACAGUUCUCCCUCUCCUAACAUUAGCUCCAAACUCCGUUCCACAUGCCAUUGUCCCGUCUGUCUUUCCUCCACCAGGGACUUCAACGACUCCACUAAUACCCCAAACUCAAAUGCUAAUGCCUCUUAUCAUGAAUGGGCUCCAACCCCAAAGUCCAUCCCCAGAAGGCCCUCAACAAAUUUUGCAGCAAGCUGUGUCAGUCCUUGGUCUCUGCUCAGCACAGCAUGCUCAGGAACUUGGCUCAAGUCAAAGUCACUUGGCAGCUACCAGAGUCUCCAGUGCAUCUCUGAUACCUUUACAAAUGAAUACAACUGUUGAAGGGGCAGGAGUGAAAAUUGAAAUCAAAGAGGAGCCUUGUGAUCAAGAGUCAUCACAGAUGACGCCUAGUACAGCAGAUGCUAUCACGCAGGUGGGUUUAAAAGAAGAGUAUAAUGGCACGUGGGAUGGAAUUGAGGAUAGCGGAGUGUGUAGUGAUGAGCAUCAGAGCAAAGCCAAAGGAGUCAGUGUGGAGGAAAAUUCAAAAAAGCAAUGUUCUGAUGCAAAUAAAACCUCAACAAGCCAAAACCUUAAGAGUUCACAUCUUACCAACUCCAGUCCUGCAAAAUGCAACCCAUCACAUGCUAAUACUGUCUUAAUACCUUCAAGUACCAAGGUUUGUUCAAGCUUGUCCCCAGGACCUCCAGUACUAACUGAGUUUCAGUCGCAGGUUCUGUGGGCCUUCUUCGAGUCACGAAAUGAGGCCGAUUCAGUAAUUCCACCAAGAGAAGACUGCGAAGCCCUUGGUAAGGAAGUAGGACUAACUGAGGAUGAGGUACAAAAAUGGCUAGUGGACACCCAUUGCACCAAAAACAGGCAUCAUGCAGAUGUACGGUCUCACUAUGAGAGACAAGGAAGCAGUGAAGAGGAUGAAGAUGGUCUAAUGAUUGAUGAAAGUGGGGGAGUGGUUCUCCGUUCCACUACAGACUUCCUUUCAGAUGAAGAGGAUGUAGAUUAUGAACAGACCACAGUGGAUAACAAGAGAAAGAGGGGCAUGAAUGAGGGUGAUUCAGAAGAAGAAUCAGGAGGGGCAAAAUGCCAAUUUCUACCUUCAUUUAGAACAAGCUGAUCUUCCAGUUGACCCUCAAGGUUAUUCAACCAUUCAUGUAUUUACUGUUGGAGUCCAUGUUUCUGACAGAGACUGAGCCAAAGCAGCAGCCUUUAUAAUUACUUAGCCUCAGGGUCAAAAGUCAUUUCCAACAGACAGCAGGAGGUUGUAAUAUAUAUUAAACAUUGCUGUGGUAUCUUGUACUUCACUACUCAUUCGGUUCUGUUCUGUUUUGGAGAUGUUUUGAUGAACACGCACUACAGUUUUUCACUUUUUAGCACCUUCUAAUCUUACCACCACCCCCUUAGCUCUUCAUUUUGUUUCAUUAUGAUUUAUGUACAGUAUAUAUUAAAUCAUGUAUAAAUGUUUAAUAUUUAAAAUAAUGCUUUAUAUGGUA